AUGCUCUACUCCACACCUCGUCGCAAUGCUCCCAGUGCCAUCAAUGGCAACCCUGUCUGCUUCCUGAGGCGCCAAACCGCCUACGUCAUCUGGAAAGUCGUGGGUGCCCUUAGUUUGGACCCCAACGACGGAUUCUUGGUCCUGGAUGGGGUGAAGACCUACCAGGAGAUCGUUGAGACCAGCGUGGGAGGGGGGGACGCACUGCCGCUGCGCGAGCGGAAAGGAAGGGGAGUUCAAAGAAACUUUUCUUUCACCCCUGAAAUGAUCAUCAUCGAGUUGCUGGAAUGGAAGGAUGGCCUUGGCGGCAAUAUCAACAACACGAACCUGCCCGAGACCAUGGCAGCCGGCACCGAGUUGCCCGACGUUGAAGGACAACAUCAGGAGUGGCCAUCGAGCGCGAUCACGCCAGAGGAGUCGCUGUGGCCGCCAGUCGUUCAUCGCCAGAUCAACCUUUCCCUCACCAGCAUGGACAAAGUCGCCUUCGCGGGCGGUCUCAUAGACCACCACAAGGGUAAAGCGCCACAUUCGUUAACCGCCAUCUUGGAGGCGGCAGCAAUGAUGAACAUCAUCAAAGUCGACGUUGUCCGUCUAGGGGACAGAAACUUCAUCGUUGCGCGAUACAAACAUUCGUUCCAGACAAUCAUUUCCCCACACAGACAUUGGCGUGAGCUCAUCACACAUGAAGUUGUGGGGCAGCCACUCAUCAUACAACAGCCGACCAACAACGCUUACUUGACGACGUGCGAUAAGCUCAUGACCUUGUUGGAGGUCGUAAACACACUCAUUGAAAAAAAUGCUACUGCAAAGUUCAUCGUCGAGUGCGCGGACAUCCCGUCUCUGGUCGCGUGGACGACCGUGGUUCUGGUCAGAUCGGGGGACCUGGCUCAGAGCGGGAUCAAAGUUUUUUGUGACUACAUCGCCAACACGGGUGCAGCCCCUGAAUGGGAAAAACGCGUCCUCCUUCUUCUGUCCUUCGACCUACGCGUGAUUUGCCAGGCGAUCCCUACGCACGGAGACCUGUGCUUCAGCAUGGAUAUUGCUAAAGCAAGUGUUUACGGUGUUGGUGUGCCAGCGACUGUUUUGCCGCCGGACGAAGUGCCAGCAACCAAUCAGUGGGUCUUAUCAGCCAGGCACUGUCGCUCACUCGCGGCAAAUGAGGUCCUCAUCAGGGUGGCCAAAAUGGUCAAGACCUCCAGCACUACCGUCGGUUUUACUUGGUCGUACGCGUACGAUCUCAAUGGCGAAUACAACUACGUCACUGAGGACGACAGAAUCCAACCCCUCAAAGGGGGUGACGGUGGGCUCGUUGCGCUCGCUCAAGGCACCCCAGGUGUCGCGUCAAAGACUUUCGACAUUGUCAUCUCGGAUCGCCCUGUCAAUGACUUUCACGCGUUCCAGUGCCGUCUUGCAGGAGCUGACGUCCCGUUCACCUUCCACAACCCAUCGCGCAGCAUUUCAGCAACUGGCCCUAGCCAGACUACCUCCUCUGUACUGAUAUGGAUCGAGUCAGAGCAACUAAUCUGUCUGCUCGAAGCCUUGAAUGUGAACGCAGCGUAG